CUCUCCUCCUCUCCUCUUCCGCCAACAACCGUCAUCAUGCCCACUACUCCUUCCACAUUUACGAUCCGCCUCCUGCGGCACCUCGUCCACCGCCAAUUCCCCUCCAUUGCCUCAAAACCCGUCCACCCUGCUCUCCAACUCCGCGCCUGCAAGAGUAGCUCUCCACUGGCCACGCUGCUCCACCAAAAAACCCAGAUCGCACACUUCUCCAGCACAUCCCGCCCACAGGCAACAUACAAUCAAGUCCGACGCGGAUGUCGCAAGGAGCAACAAGCGCGCAAGCCGCGCUCCCCGGCCCUUGUCAACCGCCCGGAAAUGAAAGGCGUGUGUCUCAAAACGGGUAUCACGAAACCCAAGAAGCCCAAUUCCGGAGAACGAAAGAUUGCAAGAAUUAGAUUGAGCAGUGGUAGAGUGGUGACUGCAUAUAUUCCCGGCGAAGGACAUAAUAUCCAACAGCAUAGCGUGGUUUUAGUUCGGGGGGGGAGAGCACAAGAUUGCCCUGGUGUGAGAUAUCAUGUUGUCCGUGGAGCUUUAGAUCUUAGCGGUGUUGGUGGCCGCAUAACCAGCAGAUCAAAAUAUGGAACGAAGAAGCCGAAGUCUGGCUAGUUGGCGGGUUUCGAAUUUUAGGAUUUAUAUACAUCAGUCAUUCCAAUUUUGCGCAACACACACCAAUCCCUAGGGGCUAGAGUGUUCCAUUUAUUUCUUUUAUAACAUGUAUUAUCAGCAGAUACGUAUUCACCUAACUCCUAGAACCCCACAAGGAUCCUCCAGAUUCAAGUAUGCAUCAUACAUGCCGAGAAAUUCCCUCGUCCCAAGUUCGUUAUCUGUACAGGAUAUUUAUAGGAAAUGGCACAAGCUAAAAAGAAGAGAAAAACAAAGACACACCAGAACGAAAACAAGAACGAAUCCAAACGCGCUGUAAAUGGGUCAAGAAAACAGGAGGGGCUAUCCAAUUGGUACAAACCAGUAUUCAGAACUUACAGACUCCUAGCCUGUGCAAGACAGAUAGAGGGCCAGUUCGGAGUAGUGGAAAUCGGGAGAUGAUACCCAACACGAAAGCGAUGAAGAUGAGAACACCGACGACAAUUUUAGGCCAGAUUGGGGUUGCUAGUCAGGUCUCAUUCUCAUAACCUUCGGGUUUUUGCAACUUGAGGAGGUCGAAAAACCGAGUAGUGCCUGUAACAACACAAUUAGCAUUCAGACCGUGUGAGAGAUUGAAAUUUUAGAGUUAGACAUACAUGA